AUGCCGCGACCGAUCCUGAAGACGCUGUCGUCGUACGCAAGCCCUGUGAGAUCUGCCAGUAGCGCAUCCAAAAAAGAGCGGAAGCGUGUACCUGCCCGUCGACCUCUCAACACCAGCCGACAUGUGACAUUUUCGCCAUUCACCAAGUUACGAGGAGGUUCGCCGACCAAGUCCCGCAGGCCAUUACAUACCGAUGGGAAGAAGACGAUGGGUUCAUUGACGUCAGGGUUCACAUUCUCUAGCGCUACCGAGGCCGAGAAAAAGAAACAGUUGAGACGAAAAGAGGAGCUACGGACCAUGCAACUUCUGCAUAGAGCAGCAAUGCGCAGACCCCAUAGUAUCAAGUCACUUUUGCUGAAGAACGUGCCAGGACUCCAGCGAGUGUACACAUCGGUGAAUGGAUGGUUGGACUACGUGAGGGCUGUACGCGAUUCGAUACCAUGGCUUCAACGUUCACGUCCGAAGCGACGACCAAGAAGACUACACCGACGUCCGAGAACUGCGCUAAACGAAGCGGACCACAUGUAUCUUCAGCAGCUCCCGCUACAUUCGACAGUGACGCGCCCUACUCUGCUGCUACCUUUGCCAAUGACGUCCAGGGGUAACGGCUGUGAAGCUCUGUCUAUUUUCUAUAGCUCACGGCAGCCAGAUCUUACGCCAGCUAGUCGGGGAAGUUUUGCAAACCUGCUUCGUCGAAAAGGUAUUCCAGUCGAUGAAGACGAGCGUCAGGCGAAACGUGCCAUUGAUGAGGAUCUGCUUGGCGUAAGGCAUUUAGCAAAGCGUCGUCGUAUUCAUUAG